GUACAAAGUGUGAAUAUGGAGAUGAUGGAGUUGGAAGAUUUGGAGAACGGCACGCGUGCCGAAAAGCGAAGUCGGGCAUUAGAUCAGGAGGAGGUUUGGACGACUGUGCAACGGAGUAAAACACGAUUAUCACGCAGUACUAGUGAAGCAGAGAUUAUAAAUAACAACACCGGACCGGAGGAAAUAAUUGAAGUGAACAUAACCUCAAAAGAAAAGUUGCCGAAACAAAUUGGUUUAGCACGGCUUUUAAAGUCAGAAAAUAUUAAAGAUGUUGCGAGAGUAAGCUUCAUCUACCUGGGGUGCAUGCUGGUGGUGCUGGCGCUGUCGCACCUGCACUGGUGGCUCGAGGAGCUGCUCUCCCACGGGACGCUCAUGCACAGCGACAUAGCAUGGGUGUUUUCGCUGCUGCUGAACCUGGUGGGCUACUCAGUGGUGCUGCUGCCCGCCUUCAUCAUGUACCACGCGCUCAACAAGAUCAACUUCUUCGAGAAGAAUGCAAUGAAGACCUGGCUAUCGCAAGGUCUGUUCGCGUGCUUUGGGUCGCCGGGCGAGCGGCUGCCGGACACGGUGCGCGACGUGGGGGGCGCGCCGGCGGUGGGGGCGGGGGGCGCGGGCGCGGGGGCGGGGGGCGCCGAGCUGCUGUUCUGUCUGUCGGGGCUGGUCGGCGCCUACCUCGUGUGGGGGCUGCUGCAGGAGAAGAUCAUGACUCAGAAGUACGUGUUAGCUGACGGCAGCUCAGUGCAGUUCGCCGACAGCCAGUUCCUCGUGUUCACCAACCGCCUCUCCGCGCUGCUGCUCGCUGCCGCCGCGCUGCUCUACAAGGGCGUCCCACUGGCGGCGGCCCCUCUCUACAAGUUCUCGUACUGCAGCGUGAGCAACAUCGUGAGCGCGUGGAGCCAGUACGAGGCGCUCAAGUACGUCGGCUUCCCCACGCAGGUGCUGUCCAAAUCCUGCAAGGUGGUGCCCGUCAUGCUGAUGGGAACCCUCGUCUCGCGCACGUCGUACCCGCUGUCGGACUACGUCAGUGCCGGGUUCAUCAGCGCCGGCAUGCUGGCCUUCCUAACUGCUACCGACCAGGACGCAGUAUCGACGUCCACGACGGCGUCUGGCCUCAUCUUACUGGCCCUGUACAUGGCGAGCGACAGCUUCACCAGCAACUGGCAGCAGCGGCUGUACCACCAGUACAAGCUCACCCCCAUGCAGAUGAUGUACGGCGUGAACCUGUACUCGUGCCUGCUGACGGGCGCCGCGAUGUACAACCGCGCCGGCGGCCUGUCCGAGGAGCAGUGGCGGCUGCUGCAGCACCCGAUGUUCCUAUGCGACGUGGGGGUGCUGGCGCUGGCCUCUGCGCUGGGGCAGCUGCUCAUCUACCGCACCAUCGCGCGCUUCGGCGCCGCGCUCUUCACCGUCAUCAUGACCGUCCGACAGGCGAUCUCCAUCCUGCUGUCGUGCCUGGUAUACGGGCAUCGCAUCGCGCCGUGGGGCGUGCUCGGCGUGGCCGUGGUGUUCGCGGCCGCGCUCAGCCGCGUGUACCGCCGCCGCGCCGCGCCCCGGCCCGCAUAGCCACCAGCCGGCCCCCAAGGUGAAGGGGGCACCGAGCUUGUCUCUCUAGAGAACAAGCCUGUUGAUGGAACCGACCGUAUUGGCCUUGACGACCCUAUAGACAGUAGUGAGAUCAAUGUGUGCGAUGAAGAUAAUAUAGUGGAGAGUAGUGAGGUCAAAGUGUGUAAUCCUGUCCCGGAUCAUUUCUUUGAUCCACUGAUGGAGGAAAUUAACUUGUGUGAGCCGCCGUAAGGGGGUUGGUUUAGUGCUGUAUUUAUCGUCAUUCUUCGUUGGAAUGAAAGUGCUGUGGUAUAUGUAUGUGAUAAAGGUUAUAAUAAUAUGAUUUUUACUAGAGGAAAUUAACUAGUCUAGAAAUAUGCGGGGCCUUGUAGUAGAAUGAAAGAAGAAUGGCGAUAAUAUAUGGAUAACUGAUGAUGAUGAUGAUAAUGCAUACGGUAAAAGGUCAUGAAAUAUUAUGUGUUAGAAGUUGGUGUCUAUGUAUCUAGUGUCUAAUUAAUAUGUAUUUGUAACAGUAGUGAAGGCGACAAUUUGUCUUGGAUAUUUCCCAUUUCAUAUGAACUCAUUCAGCCAUUCUGUUUAAUUGUCCUGACCUACAUAAUAGAAGAUAUCCAAGUAAUUACAAUUUUCGCGUGAAUGUUCACUGCCGACUACAAUCAUAAUUACUAAAUUGUACAUUAGCUUGUACGUUUCUUAUAUGAAAGUCUGAUCAGAGAUCAGGAUAAGUUUUUUAAGUUAUUAAAAAUAUCAUUUGUUUUAUUCCUUUUUUUUCUUUUUAUUUUUAGAAUAAUUGAUUUAGUUUUUUUUAUUAUAUUAUUAUUAAUUAUUAUUUUAUACAAAUUUAAGUCCCGAUUAAAAUUACUGGUUUUUAUACCUUCACUGAUUUUAGGGACUUACACUGUGAAACUGACCAAACGCACAUGUAUGUGUAUUUUAGCAUAAAUAUAUUUACUUACUUAUA